AUAAGACUUGGUUCAACGCAGUGUCCAUCAACUGAGCUUAUUCUGGAGCUUGAUUAAUCGACCAUGGCCGGAGCGACAGUGAGGAUUCCGAUGUGUCGCCGGAUUUUGAUGUGUGAGAACUACGAUUCCGGGAAUUCCGGUGAUUUGGAGAUGAGAUUGGAUGACACGGUUUUUGAGUUCUUGGACGAAUCGCCGGAGAGUAGUAGCAGCCACGGCUCUGUUGAGGACGAAGAAAACGAAGAAGGUGAUGAAGAGAAAGUGAACAAGACACACGCAGAAGAUGACAGGAUUUUCUGGGAAAAUCAACACCAAAUCCUGCGUGACACCUUAUGUAGGACUAGUUCUUUGGAAUCAAGGAUCCGGAAUGCCACCAAGCAGGCACUAAAAGAAGCCCAGCUGGCCGGAAACUUCUGCGUCUGCCGGAAACCAGUGGCGGGCGGCUGCCGGAACUGUCUGAUCAGGGAAAUCUGCGGCCGCCUUCAGAAUGCCGGCUUCAACAGCGCCGUCUGCAGAUCCAAAUGGAGGAGCUCGCCAGAUAUCCCGUCCGGCGAACACACUUUUCUCGACGUGGUGAGCUCAAGCUCGAAGAAAGCAGAGAUCAAAGUGAUAAUUGAGUUGAAUUUCCGGGCGGAGUUCGAGGUGGCGAGGGCGAGCGAAGAGUACAAGCAGCUCAUCGGGGGGAUGCCGGAGGUGUUCAUCGGAAAGGUGGAGAGGCUGCAGAGUCUGAUCAAGAUCCUGUGCUCAGCGGCGAAGAAGAGCAUGAAGGAGAACAAGAUGCAUAUGGGUCCGUGGAGGAAGCAGCGAUACAUGCAGGCCAAGUGGCUACGCUCCUGCGAGAGGAUCGCCACUGCGGCGCCGCCGCUAUCGACGGGAGGCUCCUCCUCCCGGGCCGCCAGGCCAAGGGCUUCCAUGCUCACGGUGGAUUUGCACGAGGGUUUCCACAGUUUCAAUAGGACUGCAGUUGAAGUGCUGUGAUCAUUACCGUACAUUUUGCCGCCUUGUUCAUCCUCUUGCUUAAUCUAACAAUGCUAGCUUCGUCC